AUUCGCCGACUCCUCCCGCUUCCGCUGCCGCAGCCGGUCGGAACCAAGUUGUCUCCUGUCAGCUGCUGUCCUCUUCGCCGCGAUGCCGCUGGAGAACCUGGAGGAGGAGGGUCUGCCCAAGAACCCCGACUUGCGCAUCGCGCAGCUGCGCUUCCUGCUCAGCCUGCCCGAGCACCGCGGAGACGCUGCCGUGCGCGACGAGCUGAUGGCGGCCGUCCGCGAUAACAACUUUUGGAACAGAAUCCGGCAAGAGCAAACCGAGGAUUGCCCUCCCUCUAGCCCUAGUAGAGGUUGGCAUUGCCAGGAUUGGCCGUCACGCAAACCUCCCACCAGCAUACGUUUAUGUUUUGCCAAGCCGAUUAUUAAGCGCCAUCGCAUGCCUUCCUACAUGGCUCCUUACUAUGAAGCCUUGUGCAAAUCCCUCGACUGGCAGAUAGACGUGGACCUACUCAAUAAAAUGAAGAAGGCAAAUGAAGACGAGUUGAAGCGUUUGGAUGAGGAGCUGGAAGAUGCAGAGAAGAAUCUAGGAGAGAGCGAAAUUCGCGAUGCAAUGAUGGCAAAGGCCGAGUACCUCUGCCGGAUAGGUGACAAAGAGGGAGCUCUGACAGCCUUUCGCAAGACAUAUGACAAAACUGUGGCCCUGGGUCACCGAUUGGAUAUUGUAUUCUAUCUCCUUAGGAUUGGCUUAUUUUAUAUGGAUAAUGAUCUCAUCACACGAAACACAGAAAAGGCCAAAAGCUUAAUAGAAGAAGGAGGAGACUGGGACAGGAGAAACCGCCUAAAAGUGUAUCAGGGUCUUUAUUGUGUGGCUAUUCGUGAUUUCAAACAGGCAGCUGAACUCUUCCUUGACACUGUUUCAACAUUUACAUCCUAUGAACUCAUGGAUUAUAAAACAUUUGUGACUUAUACUGUCUAUGUCAGUAUGAUUGCCUUAGAAAGACCAGAUCUCAGGGAAAAGGUCAUUAAAGGAGCAGAGAUUCUUGAAGUGUUGCACAGUCUUCCAGCAGUUCGGCAGUAUCUGUUUUCACUCUAUGAAUGCCGUUACUCUGUUUUCUUCCAAUCAUUAGCGGUUGUGGAACAGGAAAUGAAAAAGGACUGGCUUUUUGCCCCUCAUUAUCGAUACUAUGUAAGAGAAAUGAGAAUUCAUGCAUACAGUCAGCUGCUGGAAUCAUAUAGGUCAUUAACCCUUGGCUAUAUGGCAGAAGCGUUUGGUGUUGGUGUGGAAUUCAUUGAUCAGGAACUGUCCAGGUUUAUUGCUGCCGGGAGACUACACUGCAAAAUAGAUAAAGUGAAUGAAAUAGUAGAAACCAACAGACCUGAUAGCAAGAACUGGCAGUACCAAGAAACUAUCAAGAAAGGAGAUCUGCUACUAAACAGAGUUCAAAAACUUUCCAGAGUAAUUAAUAUGUAAAGCCAUGUAACUAACAAAGGAUUUGCUUUAGAGAUAAUUAUUUGGAAUUUUUAUAGCUUACUUCACAAUGUGCCCAGGUCAACUGUAUAAAAUAAAUACUGCAUUGUUGUUUC